AUGAAUGAACGAGUAAAUGAAUAUGAUGAACUUUAUGAUGACAUAUAUGAUUAUGAUGUUAAUGAGGUUCUGAAUGUAAAGGAAAAAAUUAUAAAUUAUGACUUAAAUGAUAACAUAACUGAGAAGAAUUUAACUUCUGAAUAUAAAUUAGUAGAAGAUAAAUUUGAAUUUUCAAAUGAAAAACAAACUAAUUGUGAACAACAAAAAGAUGAUGAAAAAAAUACAUCGAUUGAAUUAAACAAUAUGAAUUCAUGUAAACAGAAUAUAGAAAAUGAGUAUGAUGAAUAUUUUCAUGGUACUAGAAAUAUUAAGAAAGAAGAAGAAAAUGAUAUUGAGAAUUUUGAAAAAAAAGAUAAUAAAAAUCAUUUAAAUUAUAAUAUUAAUAAAUUCAACACUAUAUCAAUAAAUUACAAGAAAAAUGAAACUUCUCAUGAAAUAUUAAGUGAUGAGACGAAAAUAAAAGAAUAUAAAACAAAUUAUUGUGGUGAAAAAAUAAAGAGCAUAAAUGAAGAGAUUAAUAGUAAAAAUGACAUAGAUGAAAAAAUUAGUAAUGAAGAAGUUGAUGUAUUUGAUAAUAUAAUUAAAAAAAAUCUAAUAAAUGAUAAAGAAAAAAAUGAAUUUCAUGAAAAUAAAUCAACUAUUUUUUUUAGUUAUGGAAAUGAUGAACAUGAAAAUAAAGAGAACAAACAAAAUAAUGAUAUAAUAAAUAAAAAUAAUAUAAAUGAAAAUUAUGAUAAGGUUAGUGAAAUAAAGGAAGAUGCUAUUUUAAAAGAAAAUGAAUUUAAAUAUGAAAAAAAUGAAAACAGUAAAACUGAAGAAAAUGAAUUUAAAUAUGAAAAAAAUGAAAACAUUAAAUCUGAAGAAAAUGAAAACAUUAAAUCUGAAGAAAAUGAAAACAUUAAAUCUGAAGAAAAUGAAUUUAAAUAUGAAAAAAAUGAAAAUAGUAAGUCAAAAGAGGAUCUACUUAAUCUUAAAAGCAAUAAUGAAUCUAGUAAAUCAAAAGAAAAUAAUCUGAAAUGUGAAGAAGAUGAGAUCAAAAGAGAAAAUCAAAACAAAAAUGCAUAUUCAGAAAAUGAAAAUAGAAGCACAUUUGAGUGCAAUAUUUGUUUUGAUGAUGUAAGAGAUCCAGUAGUAACAAAAUGUGGUCAUUUAUUUUGUUGGUUAUGCUUAUGCUCAUGGAUAAAAAAAAACAAUGAUUGUCCUGUAUGUAAAGCAGAGGUAUCGAGAGAAAAUGUUAUUCCUUUAUAUGGUAGAGGGAAUAGUAGUAAUCAACAUAAAUAUGCAAAUGUAGAUGAACCUAGACCAACUCCUAAAAGAAAAGAAGGUGUGAGAAGAAAUAACAAUUACACAAACAAUUUAGGGUUAAGAGCUUCAUUUGGAGUAUGGAUGAAUCCCUUUUCUUUUGGUUUGUCUUAUACAAAUAUGUCAGAGGAGCCAUAUUUUAAUGAUAAUAGAAAUGAAAACAGAAGAGUGCAAACAGAAACAUUUCAUGCAGAAGCUGCAUCUUCUUUUUUCUUUUUUUUAGGAUUUUUCCUUUCAUUAUAUAUUUUAUUUUAUUCUUCUUAA